AUGGAAUUUGUCCAUGUCGACGCCAUGAGCUGCCUGCAAGUGCCUUCCAUGCAGGUGGUACCGCAGGAAAGCAUCCUGCCAUACCACCGCUGGUUCUUACGCUUGCAGGGGCCGAUCCAUCCAAAGCUGCAACGCCAGAACUACAGCUAUGUGAGUGGUCUCUUCAUUCGCCCAUCCUUGGCUAACGCCAGCCAUCCUGUGUCCAUACGCCAGGAAAGCUUCCUCAAAGUCUUGACGCCCUUCACCGCCAAGAACCGCACCGCCAUCCUCCGGGCGGUGGUCUCCUUGGACCGCUGGAGCGAUUCGCUGGGCGGGCGCCUCGGAGCGCCCUAUGCAGAUACCUUCUACUUGGAUGACAGUCGCAUCGUGCCUGAAGCCGCUGAGGAAACUACUCCGGUAGAUGUCAUGCCACAGCUGGGAAAUCGACUCAAGAUUGUACCUUGGACGUGGCUUAUGAAACACUUCAUCCAGGUCUUCAGCUUGCGAACAGGUACUGCCGAUGCCAACUUCCAUGGUGCGAGUGCAUCAUCACCUCAACGACAUUGUGAACGCUUUGGCCUGGGGAACCCCUCAGAGUUGAAUCCUCUACUCGCGGACGCACGCUGUGCCUGUGGAAUUUGGACUUUGCUGGCGAUGGCCUUUAUAGGCUACUUGAGCGUGGCCACCAUCAGUUUUGGAGAGAGCCUUCAAUUGCCUGACCAGGAGGACGUCUAUGAGGUCGAGCGUCAGCUGCCACCUGUGUGGAUACGACUCUGUGAACUGGCGGCCCUGCAGGCUGCUAUCAACUACUCCAUCUUCGAUCACCUUGUCGCGAAAGGACGCGUGAAUUAUGUCUUGCCCAAUGGUACAGAGGAGAGUUUCGGGGUGGAUUUCAAUGUGUCACAGCCAGAGAUCUUUCGGCCCACACCGGACUUCCGCUGCAAACGCUUCAGCUUGAACAUGCGGAUGCCUGAAGAGGCCUUGAUGCCAUACCAUGUUUUUGAGGUUGGGAUCCAGGAACCCUUUCACUCCAAGCUUUCGGCCAUGAACGGCCUCUACACGCGCGGCCUCUUCUUUGGUCCAUCCUUAGCUGAGAACGCGACCAAUCCUCACGCCUGUCAGGAGGAACACUUACUGAAGAUGUGGGUGCCGAGUUCGAAGCUGCCGGGCUUGCGCAACGUGGUCAUGAACGUGGCUCCCUCGCAAGCUCUCUGGAGUGACUCAUUGGGAGGACGACAAGGUGCUCCCUGCGACGACACGCACUUCUUUGCGGAUAUCAGCAUGGUUCCAGAAGCAACUGUGCAUGGUCUUGACACGAAGAAGUUUGAAAAUCAGAGUGUCACAGCGCGAGCCACGCUGCGAAUGGUGGUGCCAAUUUCUCACCAAGAGAUCCAGGUGUUCCACUUCCAUAACGACCUGGUGGCAAACACCUUGUCCUACAUUGGUAAGUUGGUCUCAGCCACGGUGAUUUUUAAACUCAUGGUCUCGAUCUUUCCGCAGAUCCGACAGAAGAGGUAUCAUUUCUUGACGAUCAUCCCUUGGCUCAGCCUUGGCUACGAGUCCCUCGAAUUCGAGCCGUUGAUCGACAAGUCCCUGCCAUGA